AGAAACACCACUUCAGGCCCAUUGAACCCUGUAGCCUGCCCAGAGCAAGAUGUGUCAUCAGCAGUUGGUCAUCUCCUGGUUCUCCCUGGUUUUGCUGGCAUCUCCCCUGGUGGCCAUCUGGGAAUUAGAGAAAGAUGUUUAUGUAGUAGAGUUGGACUGGUACCCUAACGCCCCCGGAGAGAUGGUGAUCCUCACCUGCAACGCCCCUGAAGAAGAUGGUAUCACCUGGACCUCGGACCGGAGCAGUAAGGUCUUAGGCUCUGGCAAAACCCUGACCAUCCGAGUCAGAGAGUUCACAGAUGCUGGCGGCUACACCUGUCAUAAAGGAGGCGAGGCUCUGAGCCGUUCACUCCUGCUGCUUCACAAAAAGGAAGAUGGAAUUUGGUCCACUGAUAUUUUACUAGACCAGAAAGAACCUAAAAAUAAGACCUUUCUAAAAUGUGAGGCCAAGAAUUAUUCUGGACGUUUCACCUGCUGGUGGCUGACAGCAAUCAGCACUGAUUUGAAAUUCAGUGUCAAAAGCAGCAGAGGCUCCUCUGACACCCAAGGGGUGACAUGUGGACUCCCUACAGAGAGGGACCACGGAGAGUACAAGAAGUACUCUGUGGAGUGUCAGGAGGACAGUGCCUGCCCAGCAGCGGAGGAAACCCUGCCUGUUGAGGUCGUGGUUGAAGCUGUUCACAAGCUCAAGUAUGAGAACUACACCAGCAGCUUCUUCAUCAGGGACAUCAUCAAACCGGAUCCACCCAAGAACCUGCACUUGAAACCACUGGGUUCAGGGAAUGUGGAGGUCAGCUGGGAGUACCCUGACUCCUGGAGCACUCCACAUUCCUACUUCUCCCUGACAUUCGUUGUUCAGGUCCAGGGCAAAAGCAAGAGAGAAAAGAAAAAUACAGUCUCCACAGACAAGACCUCAGCCACGAUCAUCUGCCCAAAGCAGGCCAGAGUGCACGUGAAAGCCCAGGACCGCUACUAUAGCUCAUCUUGGAGCGAUUGGGCAACUGUGUCCUGCAGUUAGGUUCUGAUCAUAGGGUGAAACCUUGGAGGAAAAGUGAAGAUAGUAGGCAAAGUUUUUUGAAGACACAAUGAAAAAGACCCCAAAAGAUAUUUUCCACUAGGUUUACUUUUUAAACUUUUUUUUUAGGAUCAUAAUGUUGUCUUUGCUGCAUUUUUAUGGUUAAAUGCUAAAUGUCCACGGAAACAAUCCAGCUAAUUUUUAUGAAUAGGUUUUUCAGCUUCCAAUUUGCCACCUGCCUUAAUGUUAUUUAAAUAUUUAAAUAAUUUAUGUAUUUAUUAAUUUAUUACUGUUAUGUAACAUUUGUGUGCCAGGAUACUUUGAAUAUUUCGUACCUUCAUGACCCAAUCUGUAAGGAAAAGGGCCUCUGUUAAGCAAAAUGUGAAUUUAAGUGUUAUUUAUACUGAAGCAAGGCUGCAAGUACCUCAUUUUUACAACACCCAGUAAGAACAGAAUGUUCUCACAGCAGUUCAUAUAUCUGUGAAGCGUGGGGACACAAGAGACAUUUAGACAGAGACAUGAAGACCAAACCCUAUUGAG